AAGAUGGCGGCGGAGGGAGGAGGGAAGGAGAUGAACGAAAUUAAAACUCAGUUCACCACCAGAGAAGGCGUCUAUAAACUCCUCACCCACUCCGAAUACAGCCGCCCGAACAGGGUGCCUUUUAAUUCACAGGGCUCGAAUCCCGUGAAGGUAUCUUUCGUUAAUGUGAACGACCAGUCUGGCAACGGCGACAGGAUCUGUUUCAAUGUGGGCCGGGAACUGUACUUUUAUAUCUACAAAGGCGUGAGAAAGGCUGCUGACCUUAGUAAGCCCAUAGACAAGAGGAUAUACAAAGGAACGCAGCCGACAUGCCAUGACUUCAACCCCCUCACAGCUACAGCGGAGAGUGUCUCCCUCCUCGUGGGCUUCUCAGCAGGUCAGGUGCAGCUCAUCGACCCAAUCAAGAAAGAAACCAGCAAGCUCUUCAACGAAGAGAGACUGAUAGACAAGUCACGGGUGACAUGUGUCCGGUGGGUUCCUGGUUCUGAAAGCCUGUUUUUGGUGGCCCACUCUAGCGGCAGCAUGUACCUGUACAACGUUGAACAUACCUGUGGCACCACCCCACCUCACUAUCAGCUCCUUAAGCAAGGCGACAGCUAUACUGUGCACACCUGCAAAAGCAAGUCGGCCCGCAACCCCUUACUCCGCUGGACAGUGGGGGAGGGGUCGCUCAAUGAGUUUGCUUUCUCACCAGAUGGCAAAUUCCUGGCGUGUGCCAGCCAGGAUGGGUUCCUGCGGGUUUUCGGUUUUGAUGCAGCUGAGCUCCACGGAACCAUGAAGAGCUACUUUGGCGGGCUUCUGUGCGUGUGUUGGAGCCCUGACGGACGGUACAUUGUUGCCGGCGGAGAGGAUGACCUGGUGACGGUGUGGUCAUUCUCGGACUGCAGGGUGAUCGCACGGGGCCACGGUCACAAGUCAUGGGUAAGCGUGGUGGCGUUCGACCACUGCACCACCAGUGUCGAGGACGGUGACUUGCCAGCUGAGUUCAGUGGGAGCGAUGAGGACUUCCAUGAGCAGACUCACUUCGGAGGUGGGAGAGACCGGGCCAACAGCGCCCAGUCUCGGCUUUCCAAGAGAAACUCUACAGAUGGGAGGCCCAUUAGUGUGACCUACCGCUUUGGUUCAGUGGGCCAGGAUACGCAGUUGUGUCUGUGGGAUCUCACAGAGGACAUUCUUUUUCCACACCUUCCUUUGUCCCGUACCAGAACUCACACCAAUGUUAUGAGUGCCACUAGCCCACCUCCCACUGGGGCACCUACUACUGCUUCUACUACUACUACUACUACUACUACUACUACUACUACUACUACUACUGCUACUACUACUACUACUACUACUAAUCCAAGUGGCACAAAUGGCAACAACAUUGUGAGCUGCGGUAGCAACAGUGGCAACCCACCUAAUUCUCUCCCUGCUACCUUGCCUCGUUCCAAUAGCUUGCCACACUCCUCCAACCCAGCAGGGGGCAGCACCCCCAAUAGUCACACUGGCAGCAGCAGCACAAAGGGUAACAGCAUUAUGGACAGCGCCUUCAUUGCCACAGGUGUUAGCAAAUUUGCCACACUGUCGUUGCACGACUCGCGCAAGGAACGCCACGAGAAGGACCACAAACGAAACCACAGCAUGGGCCACAUAAGCAGCAAGAGUAGUGACAAGCUCAACCAGUUGAGCUCAUCAAGGACGGCAAAAGCCGAAAUGGCUAAGACUCUGGGCACCACAUUAUGUCCACGUAUGGAUGAUGUGCCCCUGCUCGAGCCGCUGGUGUGCAAGAAGAUUGCUCAUGAGAGACUCACUGUGUUAAUCUUCCUGGAGGACUGUCUGGUCACAGCCUGUCAGGAGGGUUUUGUUUGCACAUGGGCCAGGCCAGGGAAAGUGGGAUUACUAUCAUCGCAAAACAACCCGGCCAACUCUCCCAGUGGGACGGUAGUAUAGCCCUGGUUGUUGGUGCUGCUAACUACAGCUCUUAGCCACAGAGACAGGGAUGGCCGAGGUCCUGCAGCCGCUGCUCCUCACAUUGACACGCACAACACACCACCUUCCGUGUUUUCCCUUGUUGUCAUCACCAUAACCCGCCAGACAGUCUAUCUUUGUCAUGUUUCAUUUUUAUAUAGGCAGUGAUGGCCAAGCCAGUCCACUAGAAACUGGACCCUCUUUUUGCAGGAGGAGGUUUAUUAAGGAUAUUAGAGGGCAAGCUUAAAAAUCAUCCAGGUUUAGGGUUGACUGGCUGAUUAGUGUGUUUCACUUUAUGGCGGCCAUAUCAACUAAUUGCUACUCUGACAAUAAACUCCUGCACCCUGUCCUCUGUGCCUGUAGCUCUUAGGAAACAAGAUGGAAGCAGUAUGGUGACCCCUCUACCAAACCUCUUUGAUUUGUGUGUGAUUUGAUACACCUGCCGAAUCUUGUUUCUUUCAAAGAAUCUGCAGACAAUAAAGGGAACAGGACAAGGGCUUGUUUUGGGGCAGUGAUAUUUCACCAAGGUGGCAUCUCUCUCAGUCUCCUCCUGGACGUUCUUGGUGCAGACAGUUGACCCCAUGUUUGCAGCAAGAGGGAACGGGUGGUUUGCUUCCUUUUGUGAGGAAGCCCUUUCACUCAUAAUGACAGAUGUCACACAGUUUGAGUAUUUUUGCACUGAUCCCUUUGUUCUUUCUUUUUCCGUUGUUUUUACGCAUUUGUUUGGAAUUCCCAAUAGUGGGAAAAACACCAGAAAAAAAGACGGCUUAUGAACCUUGUGGGAAGCAGCUCGUCAUAAAUGACCCUUUGUCUAAAUGCUGGAUGCUGCAAUCAUAGGAGUUUUUUUUUUUUAAAGAGAAUUGUUUGCACUUAAUAGCUUGUUAGAGGAGAAUGGCUUUACUAUUUUGGAGUGUGUAAGGACUCCCUGACAAGGUUGUUGAUCUAUAAAUAGAAUUAAAACAUUUGUAUCUAUUAAACCUUUAUUUUAAUAUUGUUUCAGAUUAAAUGGGCUCUGUAUUAUAAAUGUAAAUAUUGUAUUUCAAUGAUUUUAUGGAUGAAUUGACCGUUCUUAUACUAGCUCAAAGACCCCUCAUUUAAGAGAAUAGUAAUAUUUCUAAUACAGAAAGUAUAUACAUAAUAUUAAACUGAACCUUGAAUAUGCAGGUUAAUGUUUCAUUUCUGUUGUACAUAAAGAGAAUUCAGGUGUAUUUUUCUUAAUGAGUUGUUUGAUAUAUGAGAUAUCUAUGAAAUCCUCCUCUCUAACAAGUAGUGCUGAACGCUAGCUAGCCUGUCAACUGCAGAUUCCUUUACGACAUAGGCAGGUCGGCAGAGAUGCAGCAGUCUAAUUCAGCCGUCACUCAGAGCUCAGGUAAACCACAAGAAGAGUAACGCUGGCAUAACCCCCUCGCCCGUUAACACCAGCCCCCUCCAUCAACAUCCAUGUGAAUUCACGUUUAACGAACAAGGACUGAUGACCUGUUAUUAUUAUCAUUAUUAUUAACGCAAGCAGGGAGGGUGUAACCCGUGUCAUUGUUGUGAGUGGUAAUGACCAGACUGAUGCUGAACUUGUGAGCGGAUAAAUGACACCCGAUAAAUGUCAAUACUUGAUGGUAUUGAGUGCUUGGGGCAAGUGAGAUCUUGAGGUGCCCCCAUGGGAAGAUUUGAGGAAUCUUAACUGUGGGAGCCUUUUUCCUUCAUGUGACACCUAUUAAAACAGCUUUG